UUAUUAAAAAUAGCUUACAAUGUCGAAACUCUCUCAGGAUUCCAACUUUUUCAAGGCUUCCAUGGAAGCAAAACUAAAAUUGGAACAAUACACUUGCAAUUUUCUCUAUCAGCUUAUGAGUAAAAACCAGUUUGGAUUGCAGCCUUCUCGUCGACUCGUAAUAUUUUGGAGAGUUGCGGAUAUCAUUCAAACUAGUCUGUGUGAUAAAAAAGCUAUCUCAAAACGAGACAGUAUGAAAAUUCUCAAAAGUUUAAACAAAUCCAUUGAACCUUUUACAGUCUAUUAUUCGGAACAUAAAGUAGCUCGUAGCCAGAAAGAAACCGACCGAGCAAUCAAACGUCUUUGUUUCAUUUUGUCAAUACCUCGACACUAUUUAAUGGUCGUAGCAGGACCUAGAGGACUUUUAGCAGGAGGUUUACGGAUUGUUUUCCAAAAUGGUACAGAAAUAGAUAUCGGAAAAACGUCAUCUGGAGUAUCCAUUCCAGAAGCCCCAUAUGAGAUAGAAAACAUUCAAACAGAUGCCCAAUUCAUCAUGAUUGUAGAGAAGAACAGUGUAUUUCACCAUCUCACUCAACACCAGUUUUUCGACAGAUUUCCAAAAGGCAUAUUACUAAGCAGUUCAGGUUAUCCCUCGCAAGCGUUUUCGGACUUUUUGGUUCUGCUCCGUGUCAACUGUCCCGAAGCGCCUAUUCUGUUCCUUGUAGACGCAGAUCCAUAUGGCGUCCAUAUAGCUUUGUGUCACCUACAGUCUCUGCAAAAAGAAGCUUUAAGCAGUUUGGCUUUCUGGAUAGGUAUAUCCGUGGAGGACGUAGAAAGGGUAAAAUACGAUGCAACCUUAAGUAUAACAGCGCGGGAUAGAGCAAAGGCACAAAAACUACUUCAAAUGUUACGAGAGGCAAGUUUUCGAUGUGUUUAGAAUUUUUUUCGUAAAGGUCAAGUUAGGUGAAUAGCAUUGAAAAAACAGUCGAGGCAGAACUUUCGUCCGAACUGGAAAGAAUAUUGACUCUAGAGAAGAAAGCGGAAAUUGAAGCUCUCUGUGAAUCGAUUGCUACCCAUAAUUGUUUCCUUUGUUCAAGUUAUUUACCACAACAAUUUAUCAAAUAUAUAGCUUCCUCUCGAUAGCUAUAAAAGUAUCAGACUACUCUUUAUGAGUGUACGGAGAAACUUUUUUGAGUAUUUGACCUUGUUUCUUCUAUUAGAGGCGACCUUGAAGCUUGGCAACUUCCUAGCUUCUGAAUGUGCGUGAUAGCUCCAAUGCAAACUUGUUGUCACCGUAAAGAAUUACUUUACAAGUUGAUGUUUUGGAUAGACAUUUUCUUAACUCGUUGUAUUCCACCGUAUCAAUACACAAAGCUAUUGGCAUCAUACUAGUUAAACCUAAAAAUUCAAUCGUCUCUCAUAAUUUAAAACUUUUGG